AUGUCAGAAAAACAGCCUAUCAGGCGAUGUGUUGUUCUGGUGGAUGGAUGUGAAUCGCGCGAGACAAAGAACGACACAAAUUCUUCCACCAUUGCAAGGAUCAAAGAGCUAACCUACGAUGGACUGAUCGAGUCAAAAGGAUAUACCAUCGCUCAAGCACGAAAGUUCUAUGUUGCUCCAAAUAAUGCCACAAAGUUGAGUGAUCGUUUCAGAUCGAGGCCAACAAGCGACGAGUCAGAUGCUCUAAUUAAGAACAUUGUGAGGGACAUCUGCCUCACACUAGAACGACCUCAAGAUGAACUCUGGCUCUACGGUUCAGGUCAUGGAGCCUUCAUCGCUCGAGCUGUUGCCGGUAUCGUGCAUCGACUGGGCUUGCCAAAGCCUGAAGACUUUGACGACCUCUUUGAGGCGAGUAUUGCUCUUCUUAAAGCCCAGGCCAAUGACGACUUCAAAAAAGGCCCUGAACUCCUUCAAAAGAUCAAGAGCGGAGCUGCCGCACCUCCACGGAUACCAUUCGUUAGUUUGUUUGAUACCACAAGCUACAGCUCAAAAACAGCAUACGACAUCUCGUUCAAUUCAUCAAUCGAAGUUGUUCGUCACGCACUAGCAAUCAACGAGAACCACUCCAACAAAACACCAGAAAUCUUUCAAAUUCCAGAAGAUGCGGAUAUGACACAUCGAUCGCUCAUCCAGGCCUGGUUCUUUGGUACCCAUCAAGACAUGGUGGGCGGCACAGCUCACGAUGGGUUGUCUCUGUACCCGUUGCAGUGGAUGGUUCUGGAGAGCAUCUACUUAGGACUCAGGCUCAACAGUACGGGGGAUUCUAAGACCAGCCAGAAUCAUAACCCUAUGUUAUUGGUGUUCCCCCAGUAUGCUGGAAGUUUGCCGUCGCUGGACGGCUCAGAAGAUAUUGAGUGGCGUCUUCAGUACACAAACGGACUUCGAACCUGCAUGUUUGACCUUCAGGCUGCUCAUGGAAAGAAGUCGGCUACGGGAGUUGAGAUGCACUCUAUCAAACUGGACACAGACUGUUACAAACGCCCUGCGAACCGAAAGGUAUUUGGGUCUGAUGGUACUUUGAAAGGAUGGUGUGAUGUUGGACCAUACGGAAACAUGCUUCACCCCUCAUUAUUCUGCAUUCUCGAUAGAUAUCCACGACAUAACGACCUUAACAACUUCAAGGUUCUCAAGAAGCCGAUUUCUGAUUUCCAAGACGCACACCUCGUUGCAGAAGAAGAAGGACCAGCUCCAUGGCUCAAAGACAUGCAACUCGAAGCAAGUGGAGUCAAAGCCUUUCGGAUUCUGGUCUGUGGAAAAACAGGUGUUGGGAAGUCGACUUUGAUCAACAAGGUCUUUGGUGUCGAGAUGACCGACGAGUCACAGUCAUAUGAACAAGGAGUUCACGAUAUUAACGUUGCUUUUGAGUCUCCGAAGCAUCCGGGGCUUUUGAUCCAUGAUUCUAGAGGUUGGCAGGCAGGUAGCGAUACAGAGUUGGACUUGAUUGCAAAGUUUCUCAGACACAGGGCAUACCAAGAAGAUCCAGCAGAAGCUCUUCACGUUAUUUGGUUCUGUGUUGAUUCAGAUGUCGCUCGUAUUGAAGAAGCCGACAAGCGAACAUUCGCCACUAUCGCUCAAUACUCGCAUCAAGUCCCCGUUUUCGUCGUCGGGACAAAAAAGGAUAAACUCACAGCUCAGCGCUACAGGGAUCAUCUAGACCAACUCAUGGAGAAGAUGGAUGACUACAAAGAAGCGAAAAAGAUUGCUGAGGCAAAAGCCAACGAGAAAGCUGAGGAGCAAUUCGCCGAGUUGAGAAACCAACUCUCUCAGAUCGACCACUACAAGGCCGAUGGCUUUUGCUGUCUGUCUAAGAAUGACGACGCCGGAGUUAAAGACCUCCUCUCCCAAACCCUCGACCUCAUCGUCGACGAACGUGUACGUCUCUUCUGUGUUGCCGCUCAAGUCGUUGAUGUUGAACAGAAGAUCAACUCAGCGAUAACAGAGUGUAUGAGACUAGGUACACAUGCUAUUCGCACCGCUGCCGUUCCCCUUCCAUGUUCAGGCAUUAUCGGAACACCAACUGUGUCACGACUGAUCUGCGAACAUGUGCUUCAGUGUUUUGGCUUCCCAAAGACUGCCCCCGCUGAAAUUGAGAAAAUCAUGACAGAUAUAGUUAUGAGCAAUUUUAAAGACUUCAUGAAGGUCUCGCUAUCUCAAUUCGCGGCGAUGAGUGCUGUUGCAGUGGGUGCUGCGAUCCCAACAAUGGGUAUCGGUCUUAUUGUCGGCGCGGCCAAUUCUCUCUUUUCUCUUCCUCCAACUGCGAGGAUGCUGCUUAAGUGUUCGUGCGACAUGAUUCUGAUUCUCGAGCGGUCUUUUCGAUACGGCGGAAAGUACGUUUCUACCAAACAAAUAGAAGAUGCGGCCAAAUAUUACGCUAAAGAGAUGAUCACGACAUUUAAUGGCAAAGAGAAACGUCUACAACAGCAGGUCCACGAUGAGAUUGAUCACCUCAUCCCACUAAAGAAGGUCAAUGUGGGAUUCAAGUUUAACAAGCUGAGAUCAUCAGUGGAAGAGGUCGUGUACCGCAACAGAUUCGGUAAUCCUCCUGACUAUUCGUCAAUAAGGAGCCCCUCUGUCGUUGGUUCGGACAUUGAUUCUAAUAGGCCUGUCGAACUGGACGCUGGGCCUGUCAUCUCUGAAUUACCAUCUGGUGAAGAAGUCAACUUAUCAAGUCUGUCAAAGUCUGAAGAGAAGCCACCGAUGGAACUUGACUCGACCGAGAUUCACUCAAAAGACAACCCUCGACCAACAAGUACAAAUUUAUCUGGGCCUGCAGCGACAGGCCCAUCACUAGCCAAUAGGCUUGUUGAGCUUCAUGUGCAACCGCCUGAGCUAGAAGGUAACGUCCCGAGCGAUGUCGAUUCGACUAGAGGUCUACUAGAAGUUCCGCAAAUGGCAGAAAGGAGUAAAUCAGACUCGUCUAGUUCUCGGUGGACAAGUAAGCUGUCGUGGAAGCUGAGCCGGAAAUCGAAGACUUUGAAGCAAUGA